AUCAGGGAAGGGGGAGUAUGUGAACUGUAUCCUGAGUUGCAGUCCUGUGCCUGCAUUCCUCUCAUCUAGGAUUAGCUUGAAAGGUGGAAAAAAUCAUAAAUAAUAACAGACGCAGAUUGGAAUACGGCGCGGAAGCAUCUGUUUUUAAUCAGGACUAACGUUUUAAAGGACGUGAUAUCCCUGGAUGAUCGCAGAACUGGAUCUAUUUGCUUUACGAGAGCCGUCUAUAUAAAGGGCAUACAAAUGAGAGCAAAAGUAAAUAGAUACGUCGUUUUUAAUUCGCGUUAAACAGGAAGGGCUGAUGAGCGAUAACAAAGGCCAAACGAUAUCGUCUCCUUUUAAGAUCAACAAAGGUAUCUGGCUUUAAUACAUUAAUAUUUUAGGCGACUUAGCUUCGUCAAAAUAAAAUACAAGACAUAGGGCUCUAAAAAUGAACGCAGUCCGUGUCUGGUAAGUCAACAUCAGGCGAAACAUGGACAGGGAUCAGGUUGAGGAUCAUUCUGUAAUGUUUAACCAGCACAGAUAGCGAGAGAAUAGCUCUGAUCAUGAUAAAAUCGCAGCUCUUUGUGGUUUAAUGCUGCGAGCAGGCAUGCGUGUAUACGCGUCAACUGUACGUUCAUUCAAAGUCGUGUCACUAGAAUAGAUAAAAUAGUCUUUCUGCCUCUCUUAUAGUUGUAGGGGACAGUGAUCUUAUCGAUAUAGUGUUAAACCGAGACUCAGGUCUAGUUUAUGAUAAUUCCAGCAGUGCAGAUGUCAUGUGCCCCGGGCACAAAUCAAAUGCGUGAUCGCCCGCUUCAGUAAAAGACUGUACAGCAGCUGCUUACGAAAGGACGCUUUCAGCGCAACUUGUGGCGUCACCCUUUUCCUGUUUUAAACUGUUUUAAACGACGAUACGACAUUUACAUUUAUAUCUAACUGAUCUUUUCUUCACUGACACUGGAUGUUAGACGAUGUCGUAGCCUUUAACUAGUAGUUUAGUUGUCUUUCAGCGGAUAGUCGGGCAUCUGUCACUGAGACAUGUAGCGCGUGCUGCGUCUGGCUCCGGGGUUGAUUUGGGUGCCGUAAUUGGAAAUAGACGCAAAGUUGGUUUGACCGAUGCUUUUUAAACACAUUCAAGCUUCUGCGCGUUUAUCGAUUCGUUUUGACCGAUAAAUGACAUCAUUCACGGGGUCUCUGAAGAAUAGUGUACAGAUUGUGAGGUUUCUCCCUGGACGUCAGAUUCUUCUUUCACGCCCGGCUGUGAUUGCUGACUAACUUUGCCAGGAGCAGAGACGCUCCCUUGGCAUGUUUGGGUCUGAUCAGAAGCAGUUUCUCUGGGGCUUCUGUGCUCCUGUGAUCUUCAUCGACUGACCUAACACCUGGAUCUAAAUGAAAGAGUCGCGAGAAUGAGCGAAAUCUUGUUGAAACGGUGCUAGAACUUGAGGUUUGAGCGGAUCAACUCAAAACUGGAUGUCUGAUCAACUGGUUGAGAUGGCCGAGAGCUGGCGGAACUGCUUCGAGGAGGAGCUCAUUUGUCCCAUUUGCUUGCAUGUGUUCGUGGAGCCCGUGCAGCUGCCGUGCAAACACAACUUCUGCCGGAGCUGCAUCAGCGAGGCCUGGGCUAAAGACACGGCCAACGUGCGCUGCCCGGAGUGCAAUCACGCGUACAAUCAGAAACCCAACCUGGAGAAAAACAUCAAACUGACUAACAUCGUAGAGAAGUUCAACGCGCUGAACGUCGAGAAAGCUCCUGCCGUGUUGCACUGCAUUCUGUGUAGGCGAGGGCCUCCUCUGCAAGCGCAGAAAGUGUGUCUUCGUUGUAAUGCACCGUGUUGCCAGUCUCACAUCCAGACGCAUCUCCAGCAGCCCUGUCCCGCUCCUGGACACCUCCUGGUGGGGGUUGAGGAGGUGCGGGCCUGGAGCUGCCUGCACCACGAUGAGUACAGACUCUAUCACUGCGAUGCGGAGCAGGUGGCGGUCUGCCAGUACUGCUGCUUCUCCAGAUGUGCGCCCAACCACGGCCACGCGGUGUGCGACGUGGAAGUGCGACGCAAUGACAUCAGGCAUAUGUUAAUGAAGCAGCAGGAUCGCAUUGACGAUCGAGUGAAAGACAUCGAGGAGCAGCUGUAUAAGUUGGAGUCUGACAAACUACUGGUGGAGGAUAAGGUACAGCAGCUGAAGGAGGAGGUGCGUGUCCAGUAUCACAAAAUGCACCAGCUCUUAGAAGAUGACCUGGGGAGGACUCUAGAGGUGCUGGAUAAAGCACACUCCAAAUACUGCCAGGAGAACUCGACCCAAACCCUCCAGCUCAAUGAACGCCGUCAGGAGGCCAAGAAACUGCUCAGCUCUGUCCAAGUUGUGUUUGACAAGGCAGAGGAUAUUAACUUUAUGAAGAACACAAAACCAGUAAAAAUACUCAUGGACAGAUCACAGUCAUGCACAGGCAGUGUUCUGCCACCUUACAAAGUGGGUCAUCUUAAUUCCAAAAUAUUCCUGUCUGAAGUCUCAAAAAAGGAGAAAAACUUAAAAAAAAUACUGGAAGCACCAUUCAGUACUCCCGCGCACUUCCUCCAGAGCGUUUCUGUCCACCCCUCCAGUGUGAAUACCUCCGGGGGUGAGAAACGCAAACACUCCACGGCCUUCCAUGAAAGCAGCAGCAGCCUGCUGGAGUCCUCGUCAGGCCCCAUGAGCAAACAGCAGUUCCUGGGUCAAGGUUCCAACUCCACAGACGGGCCGGCGUCACAGCCGCCCAUGGCUCCCUGUAGCUCCACCCAGCACAUUGUAGGCCUCAGCAGUAGCAGCAGUGCUCAGUCUGUCCAUCAUUCCAGCUCUGUUUUUACUCCUGCCGACUACCCCAACCCCAGCUCGUCCCAGCAGGCCAUGCUGCCGCAGUACGGCGGCCGUAAGAUUCUCAUGUGCACGAUGGACAACUGCUACUGCUCUAGUGUCCCCUCCAUAUCUAACCACCGCGGUCAUCCUCCCUACCCACGCUCGGGAUCUUUCCCUUGGACACAGGACUACACCCACCCCCUGCCCUCCACGCCCUCAAUGUCCCAGCCUCUCCAGGGUCUCUCCAUGCACGACUGGAUCGACGCCUCACAGAGCCAUAGACACCCUGAUUUCUAUGGACUCUACGGGCAAUCUUCCACUAAACCAUACGUCACCAGUUAACUUCCACUGCAACUCUGGUUUAUCUCCAAUAACUCACCAAAUUUCUUAAGGUUCGGUCACAUUUGCGAAAUUUAAAUGAAAUUUUGCGUGCAAAAACAGGUCCAUUGUCAAUAGCAUAGAGAUGUAUGAAGUCUGCAUCAAACCAACAUGAAAAUGAGUGAAACCUGUGUGAGGAUCCUAAUUGCAUGGAUUCCUAUUGGAAUGACUGGACUGUGCUUGCAAAUUUUUACCAAACAACGGCAAAUGUGACCCCACCUUUAGACCUUUUUUGCCCGCCUGUCUUUCAAAACCAGGCUUGUUAACAAAUCUAAACAACAGCACUUUUUAGCAUGCAAUGCAAGCCUCUUGGCUUCAAAACACAAGUCUCUUCCAACUUAAGCAUUAAAACCUUUUCUGUCCCUGCGUAAAACAUGAUAAGGGAAUGAGAAAUGAGGAGGCGGGACCCAGUUGAGUUUUUAAAAUUACAAACAGAUUUUGGAUAAUUGCAGAGGGUUCUGACCCGGAGCAGAUAAUGAUCGCUUGUAAAUGGAGUUAGUUUUAACUCCUUUCACCUCCCCUCUUCCUGCCUUUAGGGCAUCUGGAAUCUGGUUGGUUUUUAUGAGGUGGUAAAGAUUUUCUUUUUAACAUUGUUAUUAAACUUCUACAGAUUUAUUAAUAGAAGAUGGGGAAUAGUGCUAUAUAAAAUAAAGAGGGAUAGAGUGCGUUUAUUAUUUAUCAUAUUUCACCUCUACCGAGCUUAAGUUUCUGCUGAACCGCUCCACAGAUAACAAUGUGACUGGGAACUCUGAUUAUGGUUUGACGUGUUACUUACAUUCCUUAGAGGCAAGAGGAUCUUAUUUUUCUGUUAUGUUUACAAUUAUGUAUUAAUAUUUUUUUUUCAUUAAGUUUCGCUAGGUUGGAAAAGAUCAGUAUAAAAACUCAAUGCAGAUUCAUUGGAAGCUUCAAAGAUUUUCCACCGAGCAUGUCAUGAGUUAGUACUUCUGGAUUCUGCUUCCUGUCAGAUAAUGUUACUUCCUGCAUUCAAGCACAUGUGAAGCAUGUUCAGGAUGAUUGGUGGCUACACACACCUCUCAGUCUUACAAUGGUGUAGAUAUACUUCCUGUUUUAUUCGGUGACGGUGAAGCCCAGUGGGGUCUGUGGUCACUGUGAAACACUGAUUGUCUUGAACAUGCUGAAAAACUUCCUGUUUGUGAUUGUAGACAUGCAGGAAAGCCUUUCUGUGCACUCAGAACUCCAAGAGACUCGACUGAGUGAGACUAGAGGACAGUUGGUGACAUUUUUUCACAUAUUUUAUACAAGAAAACUGAAUGGACUGCAUAUAUUUGGAGAUCAAAAUAAAUGUGCUUCAAAAAAGUAUUAAAUGCUGGUUUAAACAAAA